GCGCGGCUAGGGCCGGAAGUCGGCGGGUUCUGGGGUGUGUUUCUGAGUCUGUCUGUGUCUCGAAGCGGCGCGCGGCCCGGGGCAAGCGGGAUUCCCAGAUUCCCAUCUGAGGCGUCACCACUGUCACUACCAUCACCCACGGAGCCACUACUAGAGGGGAGUAGACCCGGCCCUUCGCCGGGCAGAGAAGAUGUUGCCCCUGUCCAUCAAGGACGAUGAAUACAAACCACCUAAAUUCAAUCUGUUCGGCAAGAUCUCAGGCUGGUUUAGGUCUAUCCUGUCGGACAAGACGUCUCGGAACCUGUUUUUCUUCCUGUGCCUGAACCUCUCUUUCGCUUUUGUUGAACUACUCUACGGCAUCUGGAGCAACUGCUUAGGUUUGAUUUCCGACUCUUUUCACAUGUUUUUUGAUAGCACUGCCAUUUUGGCUGGAUUGGCAGCAUCUGUUAUUUCAAAAUGGAGAGAUAAUGAUGCUUUCUCUUACGGGUAUGUUAGAGCGGAAGUUCUGGCUGGUUUUGUCAACGGCCUGUUUUUGAUCUUCACUGCUUUUUUUAUUUUCUCAGAAGGAGUUGAGAGAGCAUUAGCCCCUCCAGAUGUACACCAUGAGAGGCUGCUUCUUGUUUCAAUUCUUGGGUUUGCGGUAAACCUAGUAGGAAUAUUUGUUUUCAAGCAUGGAGGUCAUGGACAUUCUCAUGGCUCUGGCCAUGGACACAGUCAUUCCCUCUUUAACGGUGCUCUGGAUCAGGCACAUGGCCAUGGAGAUCAUUGCCAUAGUCAUGAAUUGAAACAUGGUGCUGCACAUAGCCAUGAUCACGCUCAUGGACAUGGACACUUUCAUUCUCAUGAUGGCCCCUCCUUAAAAGAAACAACAGGACCCAGUAGACAGAUUUUACAAGGUGUAUUUUUACACAUUCUAGCAGAUACACUUGGGAGUAUCGGUGUAAUUGUCUCUGCCAUCAUGAUGCAGAAUUUUGGUCUAAUGAUAGCAGAUCCUAUUUGUUCAAUCCUGAUAGCCAUGCUCAUAGUUUUAAGUGUUAUUCCUCUUUUAAGAGAGUCUGUUGGAAUAUUAAUGCAGAGAACUCCUCCCCUUUUGGAAAAUACUCUCCCUCAGUGCUAUCAGAGGGUGCAGCAGUUGCAAGGAGUUUACAGUUUACAAGAACAGCAUUUCUGGACCUUAUGUUCUGAUGUUUAUGUUGGGACCUUGAAAUUAGUAGUAGCACCUGAUGCUGAUGCCAGGUGGAUUUUAAGCCAAACGCAUAAUAUUUUUACUCAGGCCGGAGUGAGACAGCUUUAUGUACAGAUUGACUUUGCGGCCAUGUAACUGAAUGAAAAGAAAUUAUGCUUUUUGGGGGACCUAAGUUUUUCUGGUACUGUACAAUCCUAAUCAUUGUACCUAGCUUUUUAAAAAGAGAAAUCAUCACUACGACUCCCCAGCACCAAGUAGACCAGGUAGAGUCAGCCGAUUGUGCUCUGCCAGGAGUUUACAACUAAGGGAUCAGAAUUAAGAGGAUCUCUCCUGGACUUGUGGUCUUCUGUGCUUCUUCCCUCCAAACCAUUUUGAUUUCUGAGGUUUCUAGUUUUGUUCCAGGGUAUUGUUUUCUGUUUGUUUGUUUCCUUUGUUUUUCAUUUCAAAUGCCCUCACUCCCACCCCUCAUCCUAGCCAGUAAGAAAUUCAGACAGUGGGCCUCUAAUCAUCUGGAAUGUCUUCACUGAAGCUGCUGGAAACCACUGCUUUCAUUCCCAGAAAACCAGUGUUAUUUAAAAAAAAAAAAAGAAAAAGAAAAAUGGAAAUCUGCUUUAUAUGUAAUGUCACAGUCGUUGACGUUUUUCAAUAUAAUCACGUUUGUAAAAUUGUUUGUACCUUGCAAACUUAUGAACCAAACCAUAUUGGGUUUUCAAAGUGCCUUUGUAUCAGAAAAUGUAUUUGCCAGCAUAGAAAUGUACCAUCGAAGGUCAUGUAUAUGUUUUUUUUUUAAUGGGUAUUCUGUACAAAAUAAGACUCUUGUUAGUAAUGUAUACAGAUGUCUUUUUGUGUACUUGCAGCAUAGGUUUAGAUAUAUAAAAACCUGCCUUUUCUUGCUUUAUCCCAUCAAAAAAUAAAAGGUGUUAUUUUGCUUUUUAAAUCAAAUUCAGUUAUUACAUUAAAUUAUUUUGUGUACUGUGUUUUCAAAACUUUGCAAAUGCUUCUGUUAUACAGAUGGGUGUUUUGACUUACUUAAAACAUCUGCUAAAUUCCAAAUUUCUAUAAAAGCUACUGUGUCUGUGAUAAACUUUCGUAUAUCUCUCCUUGCUGUUUUUAUAGAUUCUGUUAAUGAAAGGAAAAGGCAUGUAGAGUGAAGGCAGAAAUGGUUGUGACAAUGUUAUUUUGCUUUUUCAUUCUUCAAACGCCAAGUCAUACGUUUUCCUGUGCAAGUGUUACACAAAUACAGUUGCUUUCAGGAAUCCUAAAGCAGCAUUUUAUUGACUUUGAAGUAUUAAAGGUACGGAGUAAAUGUGGUAACAUAGAACUCUUCCUAACACAGGUAUCUUGGAAGUUAAUAAAUAAGUUGAUUUCUAGGCUCUUGUGUGUUUGAAAAAUAAAAUUGCAAUUUGAGAUAAGUGCUUGAAUGUUCUACUUAAAUAUUCUCUGUGUUUUAUGAAGAAAUUGUUCUGGAUAGACAUUUUCCCAUUGUACUUCAUUUUAUCACAGUGUAUAUUCCCUUUUAGCUGAAAGGGAAAAAUUAAAAUUGUUGGGGGGAAAACCCUGCAGGAUGGAAAUGAAUGUUUAGAAUGUAGAUCAGUAAUAAGCACUUUUUCACUGAUGUGGCAGAAAUCACUGUUGAUUUUGUCUAAGUUUCAGAGUAUCUGUUUCCCUAUUUCUGACCUACAAUUUAUGAAAUAUACUGUGUUAGGAAAACUAUAGACUGCUUUCUUCAUGCUUUUCUAAACCGCUGCAGAUUGCCAUGAACUGUUGAUAGUCCCCUUUUUGCAGAUUAAGUAGUAUUUUCAAAACAUUUUUACUUACUGCCAGGCAGUUCUAAAGCUAAGAAUUCCUGCAAUAGAAUGCAUUUAACUGAAACAAUUGUUAAGAUGUUUCAGGAGGGAAAUAUAAAAGGAAAUGUCCUGAUAAUGGUACUGCUUUUUCAUUAUAAGUAGUCACUUGGAAGUUUGCAUCCACUACCAAGCCUGAGAGAAGCCUGCGAUAUUCUAUAGGUUUUGGCAUAUUGUGGAAAAUGACAGAUCUAGAUGAAGGCGGGGAUUUUAGAGGUGUGCGUUUAAAAACUAAUUAUGUGAAAUUGUACUGAUAUUUCACAUACAGAGAUAAUAUUUGCACUGGCCUGUAAAAUUUACAGUGCACAUUGAAGAUCCAAUUCUGCCUUUCACUGAGGCCUCCAUUCCAAGUGAAGUUUCUUGUCAAAAUAUGCAUCACUUUAUUUAACUAUGCUCUCAAUACACAAGUGCAUGAGUAUGGUUUUUUUGUUUGAUAAGGAACAGAGUAUAUAUAUAGGACAUUUGACUGAGAUGAAACUCUUAGUUUUGCACCUGUUACAAGAGAGCUCCAGUUCAUAUCAUUUAGCAGGUUGGCAUUAACAUUUAUGCUUUAAUGAAAUGUUCUUAAACCUGUGUGUGCAGCAGGACAAAAAGGAAUUUUUUUCUCCCUCUUAGGAAAUACUUUGUCUUCUCAAUGUUCUUGGCACAGAUGUAUUGCUGAAGUAGAUAAUUUCACUGAGAAAUACUCCUUGAUUAUUCUUAUAAAUUUAGAAUUCAAUGUUCUUGGCACAGAUGUAUUGCUAAAGUAGAUAAUUUCACUGAGAAAUACUCCUUGAUUAUUCUUAUAAAUUUAGAAUGUCCCUAUUGUUGGCCUAAUUCUUGGGGGAAAAAUAUCUGAGUAUAACUUUGCUAAUAUUUUAAAAACCAAAUAUUCUCUGGAGAAAAAAAUUGUAUUGCUCAGGGAAUGUUUACCUUGCCAAGUAAACUUCCCCAAAGAGAAAUAUACCUAUACUAGUUUUGUGUUUUAAAAUCUAGAUUCUAUUGAUCGAGAUGAAGGGCUUAACCUAUGUACGGCUCCCUUAUUUUGCUUACUCCUUGUGCACUUUGUGAAGGACAGUAUCUAGUUUAUCUGUAGCUCAGUGUUCCUCACAUAUCCCCACGGCAUCUUCUGCAGAGGCAUAAGGAAGUGGUAACAGAUGUUACUGGCAUUUUCCAUGUACCUGGAAUGCUCCAGUGUUCUUCAAAGCCUACUGGUAAACACCAAUAACCAAAAUACUGUGACUUUUGUGCAUCUUUGUAAAGCAGCCAAAUCGUUGACUCCAGAUGCAGGUGAUCAGAGUUCUAUAAUGUUUUUACCUACCAUGGUAUAAUCAGUCUUACAGAAUUAUUAAUAUGGUAGCAUCCUCUUAUAUAAUGCUGGGAUUUAAGAACAAAAAUAAUUCAUUGCUUAACAUAGAAUUUUACAUCCAAGUAGACUGUCCUUAGAAGCAGUCUCAUUCUACCUCUCACUUUACAGAUGAGAAAAUUGAAGCGCAGAAAUGCUGUCAUUUAUUCAAGGUCACAGAGAUAAUGAGUGACAAAGCCAAGACCAGAAUCCAGGUUUUCUGACUUACUGUGCUUUGUCUCCAGUGUAAUUCUGUAAAUGUGUUGAAGAGGCAUUUUUAAAUAAAGGACGUCUGACCUCCAUUUUUGGUACAUUAAGGCACUUUAUAAAUGGAGUUUUUUUAUUGUCUUAUUUUUCAUAGCUAAUUAUGAGAGUUAGAAUAUUAUUUCCAUAGUAUUCUUCAUGAAAGAUACGAUUAACUUUUUUACUCUUUUUUACUUUUUUACUCUUCUGGAACCAGUUUCUGAUUUUUUUUUUAAAAAUAGUGACAGGUGUGCAUUGGAUACUUUUAACUUGUGAGUAAAUUUUUCUGUUAAUUGCCCAAGACUAAAUCCAAUUUAAGGAUUGUUUAAUUUCUUUAUUUUGUUUAAAUUCUGUGAAUUGGUGCUUUUUAGAAACCAGGCUAAUUCAUAGGUCAUAUCAUUUCAUCCUUGUUAAGUUUUCAGUCACCGGAGAGCUCUUGAAUUCUUAACGUUUUUCUCAGAGCCGCACAAAACUGGGCAUUAAAUGUUGUAUAGAAUAAAACAAUUUUUAAUAGGGUAAAAUUUUGAAGUCUUAUCAGAAUCCCAAAUGCUAAACUGCUACUUUCAACUCUUCAUUAAAAGCAUUACCUUGAGAAGUUAAAAAAAAUAAAAGAGAAAGAAACUUUUUUUCUUUCUGUCACUAUCUUCGAAACAAAUUAUUUUCCACUUCACCAGAACUUUGACAAAAAAGGAAAUUAUUUUAUUCUUUAAAGAACAUUCAAUAAAAGUUUUAUUCGUAGAGGAUUCUUUCAAGACACAAUCCCCAAAAGCCUUAGUGAUCCAGACUUCUAUCAUAGACUCUAGACAAUGAAAAAUUAUGUAUCAAAAAAAGUAUUUGCAGAGAAGUAUAGUUCUAUUUAAAGGUCAAAUAGAUGUCUUUGAGGGUGUCUUUGGUUUAUGUUUAACCAUUUCCUAACUACAAAUUAUACAGAAAGGGUGGGGUUACUUUUAUUAAGUGUUUAUGUAUCAGGCUCUUUGGCCUUUUUCAUGUUAUCACAUUUAAAAUCCUCAUAUUUUUAUAAAGAAGGAUUUUUCCAUGAUUUUGAUCCAUAGAUCUUUUUCAGAUAUAUUUUACCUUCUGAUUCUCCUAACAUUCUUGUGAGGAAGGAAUUAAUUCAUAACUCCAUCUUACAGAUAAGGAAGCUGUUGCGAGAGAAUGUAAAUGACCGAACUGGGGCAUAGCCAGUGGUAGAGCGCUGACUCUAGAUCCAGUACUUCUUGGUGACAACUACUCUGUUUUGUAUGUCAUUCUACAAUGAUUUAAAGGUCCAAGAAGUUGUAGCAGAUCUAAACACACUCUCCUUUAAAAUCAUGAACCAUCACCAUGAAAAAAUUGAUAUAGGGGAAUAGUUGUUAUAUAUAUACAUUGGUUAGACUCAUUCCUUCUUUGGAUGCUCUCUUAUGCUUAUUACCUUUGCCAUUUAACUUAAACUGUGCAGGCUAAAAAGAGCAAUCAGAGCUCUUUUAAGCACUUUUAAGAACUUUUUUUAAAAAAAGAAAGUAAAAAGUUUUCUUGACACUCACAGAGUAAGCUGCUUAAAAGGGACCGAUUCAAUAGUGUCAGCGCCAGUGUGUGAAGAGAAACUGAACUCCUGGCCAAGAGACAUUAACCUAGUUAGUAGGAAGUUGUCUUCCAAGAAGUACAAAUAAUUUUGCACUGCAUGAGAGGGAUACAUAGGAUUUGAUUUACAACAUUACAUUUUAUAGACACCUUUUCAAAAGGAAGAAAUAUAUUUCGCAAUUAGUAGUAAUCUAUGCUUAAACUUAAUAAUAUUUAACUUUGAACUCUUCCCAUGGCUUUGAAAAUUUAAUAUUUGUAAUUUCGAUCCUGAUGGAAAGUCUGUAAAAAAGAAUGUCUUUGUCUCAUACAUCCUAUUGUCACCAAACUUAGCAUGAAUUUACACUUACACACUUAGUAAAUGUUUGGAUAACCAGUGAGUAAAUAUUGUAGACAGCAGUGGAUACACAAGUAAGGACUGGGGACAGGUAAACCAGUAAUUUAUUGUUUAUUACAGAAGACAUCUCAGCUUUUCUUUGGCAUUUUUGCACAAAUAAGUGACUUUAUAUUCACUUUGGCUAUUUUUUUUUUUUUCAAGUAGCCCUGUAAGCUAGCUGCUCCUUCAUUUUAAUACAGGAACAGUGGAAAUAUCGAGAUGUUUUCCAUUUUGCGUGCUGUGUUGGACAGGAAUUUCGUAGAACUGGGACUGUGGAACCUGGGUCACUUGAAUUUUUAUAUUUUGUAUAGCCAAAUGAGAAACCACACUCUCCUUUGUUUUUAUAGAAAAUUGCCAUAUUCCUAUUACUUUAAGGACCUGUGUAUAACAUUCUAUUUCACUUAUCCCAGGUGUAUUUUCAUCCAAAACUCUUUCAAAGGUAUAUCUUGAAGGUACUUCUAUAAAAACAACACUACAUGUAUUCAUUAAGUGAUUUAAACAUUCCUAAGAUAGCUUUUAUCUUCUCUUUUUCCCCUAUAAAUACUAAAUUUCAGUAGAGCUUCUCUGUAUUUCUUUACUUAUUUUCCAUCUCUUUUCAUUGCUGCUUCCAAUGUAAAACUUCCCUUUUUCACUAGUGGAAAAAAAAAAAAGCUUUAUUUUGAAUUUUAGUAUUUGAGUUUUAUGUAUCAUAUAUCAUGCAUCGAUUAGG